AAGCGGGACAAAGUAACGAUUUUUUAUACUACUACGAAGUUGCGAAAAAUCCAAAAAGCUCUCACCUUUUCGAUUCUUUAAGUUUUUUUUAGGGUUCUUCUGAGAUAACGAGGUUUGUAGAUUUGGGUAUUUCUCCUAAUCGGAACCCUAGUUUUUGUUAUCGAACCCAAUAACCCACCAUGUCUGAUGAUGAUCACUACGAAGACGAAGAUUAUAGCAAUAACGAUGAUUCAGAGAUCGAAGAGGAGGAGGAGGAAGAGGAAUAUGAGCCCAGAAGUAGCCGCAAAGGAAGCUCAGGGAAGAAAAGAGGAAGAUCAAAUUCUGAUUCCGGUGGUCGUCGUCGGGGUGGGAAAAAAAAGAAGUCUUCGGGUUCCGCGUUCAUAGACUGGGAGGUCGAGGUCGAUGACGACAUCGAAGAAGACUAUGAUGAUAUAGUUCCAGAGGACAAUGGUUUCAUUGUAAGUGGUGAAACUGAACUUCCCACUGAGGAGGAGGAGGAGGAGGAGGAGGAGGAUGAUGAUCAUAGGCAAUUUUACCAACAGAGGUUUCAUCCUGAUCAAGAAGAAGAAGAUGUCGAAGAGUUCGAGAAGAGGUAUAUGGAAAGGCUUACUAGUAUGCAUCAUGAUGUUGAGCUUGAAGAGGUUAACGACGGUUCUUCUGAGAUAACGAGGUUUGUAGAUUUGGGUAUUUCUCCUAAUCGGAACCCUAGUUUUUGUUAUCGAACCCAAUAA